AUGUAUUGGUUUCCUAUAUCAAUAGAUGAAGCUACUAUCCGUAGAACUUGUGGGCAUUUUGCAAGAAUCUUGGAGGAUAUUGAUCUUAAUGAGGAGUUUCCGGAACAAUUCUUGGUACCAAAAAGGGGUAUGCUUUCUUUGUAUCGAUUGUACUUGAAAGAUUACCUGAUUUCUGAUCUUGUUGCCAAGCAAAAGGACAAUCUUCAGGGACAGCAAACUGAGGUUUCGGACACAAGUUUGGAAGAAAUCACGGCAGGAUACUCUGACUGUGAUAGCAUGCCUCCUGUGAUGGAGAUUAACGAGGGUAAUCAUUUAGAUGUUCUGCAGCAAGAUAAAGGAGGCCAGGAGUGA